AUGGCUACGCUUUCUGCGUGCCCUUCGCCUCCAUGGCCAGACCCUAAUCCCUCCACCUCCCCCAACUCUAAUCCAAACCCUAAUUUCCUUCCAGAUAGCUCCCAAACCCUCGACUUCGAAUCCCUCAUGCCUCCGCAAAACCAAUCGCCUCCGCCACAUCUCUCCCCCGCUGCAUCGCCGCCAGGAUCUUCGCCGGCGACGCCGCCGUCGGUGCUUCGUCUCGCUUUCAACCAGGACCAGGCCUGCUUCUCCGCCGCCACUGACAACGGCUUCCGCAUCUACAAUUGCAACCCCUUCAGCGAGCAAUUCCGCCGCGAGUUCGACGGCGGUGGAAUCGGCCACGUUGAGAUGCUCUUCCGCUGCAACAUCAUAGCCCUCGUGGGUGGUGGGCCCCAUCCCCAGUACCCGCCCAACAAGGUCAUGAUCUGGGACGACCACGAGGGCUGCUGCAUCGGUGACCUAUCCCCCCGCGCCGUCGUCCGCGGCGUCCGGCUCCGCCGAGACCGGAUAAUCGUCGCCGUCGAGAAGAAGAUUUUGGUCUACAAUUUCCAGGACCUCAGUCUCUUGCAUCAGAUUGAGACCUUUCCCAACCCUAAGGGUCUCUGCGCCGUUUCGCAAUUGUCGGAUUCGCUCGUUCUCGCAUGUCCUGGGUUGCAGAGGGGUCAGAUUCGCGUGGAACACUUCGCGCAGAAGAAGACAAAGUUCAUAUCUGCUCACGAUUCUAGAAUCGCUUCUAUCGCUCUCACGCUUGAAGGUCAGUUAAUUGCCACCGCCAGCACGAAGGGCACGCUGAUUCGAAUUUUCGACACUGUUCAGGGCACGCUUCUUCAGGAAGUGAGAAGGGGUGCGAAUGCUGCUGAGAUCUAUAGUUUGGCAUUCUCUUCUACUGCUCAGUGGCUAGCAGUCUCAAGCGACAAGGGUACUGUCCAUGUAUUCAGCCUUAAGGUUAAUUCUAGCAUCGGCGAGCAAGAAAAGCCACAAAGUUCAUCCAAUUCAGAUGCUGCCAUUACCCCAUCUAACUCGUCUCGCUCCUUUACUAAAUUUAAAGGAGUGUUACCCAAGUAUUUCAAUUCUGAGUGGUCAGUUGCUCAGUUUCGCUUGCAAGAGGGCUCUCAUUACACAGUUGCAUUUGGUAAUGAAAAGAAUACAGUCAUAAUUCUUGGCAUGGAUGGAAGCUUCUACAGAUGCCAAUUUGAUCCAUUACAUGGAGGGGAGAUGACUCAGCUGGAGCAUCAUAACUUCUUAAAUCCACAACCAGAAACAGCCUUGUGA